AUGGCCGUCGCCAAGGAGGUAGUCGCCGUCGUGACUCUGCUUCUCGGGCUGACGUCGUGCACGACAUCAUCGACGGCGGCGGCGACGGCAGGGACAGGGAGUGCGCGAUGGAGGGAGGAGGACUGUGGUGGUGUGCGGGGAGAGGUGACGUACGACCACAGGGCCCUGGUGCUGAACGGCACCAGGAGGUUGCUGUUCGCCGGGGAGAUGCACUAUCCACGGAGCACGCCGGAGAUGUGGCCAAAACUCAUUGCUAAAGCAAAGGAAGGUGGCCUUGAUGUGAUACAGACCUAUAUAUUCUGGAAUGUUCAUGAGCCUGUCCAGGGCCAGUACAACUUCGAGGGAAGAUAUGAUCUUGUCAGAUUCAUCAAGGAAAUUCAAGCUCAAGGCCUCUACGUAAGCCUCAGGAUUGGUCCCUUCAUAGAGUCUGAAUGGAAAUAUGGAGGAUUUCCAUUUUGGCUACAUGAUAUCCCAAACAUUAUCUUCCGAAGUGACAAUGAACCCUUUAAGCAACAUAUACAAAGAUUUGUUACAGAUAUAGUAAACAUGAUGAAACAUGAAGGGCUUUACUACCCACAAGGAGGCCCCAUUAUAACUUCUCAGAUUGAGAACGAAUACCAAAUGGUUGAACCUGCAUUUGGCUCAAGUGGGCAUCGUUAUGUCAGUUGGGCAGCUGCAAUGGCUGUAGACCUUCAAACAGGUGUUCCCUGGACGAUGUGCAAGCAAAAUGAUGCUCCAGAUCCAGUUAUCAAUACAUGCAACGGGCUCAUUUGUGGAGAAACAUUUGUUGGACCAAACUCAGCUAACAAGCCUGCAUUAUGGACAGAAAAUUGGACCUCACGCUAUCUUAUUUACGGUAAUGAUACAAAAUUGAGGUCUCCAGAAGAUAUCGCCUUUGCAGUUGCAUACUUUAUAGCAAGGAAGAAUGGAAGCUAUGUGAGCUACUACAUGUAUCAUGGAGGAACAAACUUUGGGAGGUUUGCUUCUUCAUAUGUAACAACGAGCUACUAUGAUGGAGCUCCUCUCGAUGAAUAUGGUUUGAUAUGGCAACCAACAUGGGGUCAUCUCAGAGAACUGCAUGCUUCAGUAAAACAGUCAUCAGAACCACUACUAUUUGGGACAUACUCCAAUCUUUCUUUAGGUCAAGAACAAGAGGCACAUAUUUUUGAAACAGAAUCACAAUGUGUGGCUUUCCUAGUCAACUUUGACCGGCAUCAUAUAUCAGAAGUAGUAUUUCGUAAUAUAUCACUGGAACUGGCCCCCAAAUCAAUCAGCAUUCUCUCAGAUUGUAAGAGAGUAAUUUUUGAAACAGCUAAGGUAACUGCUCAGCAUGGAUCAAGAACAGCUGAAGAAGUGCAGUCUUUCAGUGACAUUAAUACUUGGAUGGCAUUCAAGGAACCAAUUCCACAAGAUGUGAGUAAAGCUACGUACAGUGGAAACCGGCUCUUUGAACAUCUAUCAACCACAAAAGAUGAUACUGAUUAUCUAUGGUACAUUGUUGGCUAUGAAUAUACACCGAGUGAUGAUGACCAGCUUGUACUGAUUAAUGUUGAGUCAAGGGCACAUAUAUUGCAUGCCUUUGUCAACAAUGCAUAUGUGGGUAGAAUACAUGGGAGCCAUGGUGGACCUGCCAAUAUCAUUCUCAACACGAAUAUUUCUCUAAAGGAAGGGCCAAACACCAUAUCAUUGCUAAGUGCUAUGGUUGGAUCACCGGAUUCCGGUGCUCAUAUGGAAAGGAGAGUAUUUGGAAUUCGGAAAGUGAGCAUACAACAGGGACAACAGUCAGGACAUCUACUCAACAAUGAGCUAUGGGGGUACCAAGUUGGCUUAUUUGGGGAAAGGAAUAUCAUCUACACACAAGAAGGAUCAAAAAGUGUUGAAUGGACAACUAUCGACAAUAUGGCAUAUAGCCCACUUACUUGGUACAAGACUACAUUUUCCACACCUGCGGGAAAUGAUGCAGUGACACUGAACCUUACUGGUAUGGUUAAGGGCGAAGUAUGGGUCAACGGAGAGAGCAUCGGACGAUACUGGGUCUCUUUCAAGGCUCCUAGCGGCAAUCCUUCGCAAUCUCUGUAUCACAUACCCCGGCAAUUUCUAAACCCUCAAGACAAUAUCCUGGUCCUUUUUGAGGAAAUGGGAGGCAACCCACAACAGAUAACAGUGAACACAGUGUCGGUCACAAGAGUGUGUGGCAAUGUGAAUGAGCUCUCUGCUCCAUCGCUUCAAUACAAGGAUAAGGAACCAGCAGUCGAUCUCUGGUGUCAGGAAGGCAAACAGAUCUCGGCAAUUGAGUUUGCAAGCUACGGAAAUCCUGUAGGUGACUGCAAAAGAUUUGGUUUCGGAAGCUGCCACGCAGGAUCAUCGGAAUCUGUUGUAAAACAGGCUUGCUUGGGUAAAAGUGGGUGCUCUAUUCCCAUAACACCUAUCAAAUUCGGAGGCGAUCCAUGCCCUGGAAUCCAAAAAUCCCUUCUAGUUGUGGCGAAUUGCAGAUGA